UAUGGCAAGAACGCAAGUUGAACGGAGCAAUAUCCUCUAAUCAUUUAGCCUACUAUCAUAUCAACAUACUGUUUAAAUUUUCAAUUUAAUCGGUAGUUUAACUUGAACAAAAAAUAUUCGAAACAAUUGUAAAUAUUGCGAUGGAGUCUGUAUCUCACGAUGAAGAGAUCAGUACUUCUAGUGGCACCAGAUAGUGCGCGUUGCUCGUAGUGGUCAAGCUGAAGAUUGAUUUGAUGGUUUUUGUUUAUCCAAGCAAUGGAUAUAGGUGGAGUACUCACCGAAUUUUGUGGAUCAGAAUUUUGGAAUUCUUCUCUAUCAUGGCACACAAACAACCCUGAUCUCACAAUAUGUUUUGAAAAGACUGCACUGACUCUCAUCCCUUGCUCAGUAUUAUGGAUUUUUUCAGCUAUAGAAAUUUUUCACAUUUCGAAAAGCCGGGAGAAACAUAUACCAUGGAAUUGGAGAAAUGUUUCCAAAUUAAUAGUUCUUUUUACAAUGUGUAUUAUCACAUUGAUGGAACUUGUUUUCGAUAUUUUGUAUCAAAACAAAAUAUAUCUAGUUGAUGUGGUCACUCCAUUGGUGAAACUUAGUAGUUUUAUUUUAGUUUCUGUAUUCAUAAUCUACAAUCGUAAAAAAGGGAUUCGUUCAUCAGGUGUGCAGUUUUUUUUCUGGCUUAUAUUGGCAAUAUGUGGAUUAUUUCAACUUCGUACAGAAAUUAAGAAUUUGCAAAUCAAGCAUCUCCAUUCCUAUCCAUCCUAUUUAUUUUAUACUAUUUAUUAUUCUUUCGUUUUAUUAUUAUUAUUUUUGAGUUCGUUGAAUGACAGACCAGUUCAGAGUUCUGCCAAAAAGAACAAAAAUAUCUGUCCAGAAGAAGAAUGCUCUUUUCUAUCUCGUUUAUUCUUUUCUUGGAUAGAAACUUUGGCUUGGAAAGGUUUCAGAAAACCAUUAACAGAUGAAGAUCUUUAUGAUUUAAGGGACCAAGAUAGUGCAAGGCAUGUAGUAGUGAAUUUUGAUUACCACUGGACUAAAAAGCUACACAGAAGAAAAAAGUCGACAAACCCCAAAGUUUCGGUUUUGCCUAUCUGCUUAGAAGCAUUCUUGUCCACGUUUAUAUUCGGAAUUUUACUAAAAUUUAGCAGCGAUUUAUUAGCGUUUGUGAGUCCUCAAAUCCUAAGCCUCCUAAUAAACUUCGUCAAGGAGAGGGAAGAGCACUGGAAAGGUUAUUUCUAUGCAGUAUUAUUGUUAAGCACUGGCAUCAUAAAAUCCUUACUUUCCGUGCAAUAUAGCCAGAAAGCUAACGUUAUUGGCUUGAGGAUAAGAGUAGCUCUCAAUGCGAUCAUCUACAGGAAAGCCCUUAAACUAUCCAGUAAAGCACGACAAAAUUAUACCAUUGGGGAAAUAGUGAAUCUCAUCAGCAAUGAUACAAAAAAUAUAGCUGAUCUUCCACCAAAUUUAAUAUCCGUAAUAUCGGCCAUUCUACAAGUGAUAUUGUCAUUAUACUUCCUAUGGAAAAUAUUAGGUAUUGCGGUUAUAUCAGGUUUAAUAGUUAUGAUACUUAUGAUUCCAAUCAGCAGUUUCAUCUCGAAUAAAUUGAAGAAUCUUCAAAUUAAGAAGAUGAAGAGCUCAGAUCAGAGAAUAAAGCAAACAAACGAAGUCUUGAGCAAUUUUAAAGUUCUGAAGCUCUAUGCUUGGGAGUCAAUUUUUCACAGCAAUAUCUUGAGGGUUAGAGAAAUCGAGUGUCAGCAUUUGAAGAAUACCGUGUUUUAUAAUGUUGGAUAUUCUUUUGUUUGGUUAUGUGCUCCAUUCUUGGUUUCUCUCGUCUGCUUUGCAACGUAUGUUUUGAUUGAUGACAAAAAUAUUUUGGAUGCCAGAGUGGCUUUCGUUUCUCUAUCGCUUUUCAAUAUUUUACGGGUUCCUAUGAAUCAAUUGCCUGCUACCUUUAGUGAUAUUGUACAGGCGUCAGUUUCCUUAAUGAGGGUGAAUAAAAUGCUCAGCAACGAUGAAUUGGAUCCGGAUGAUGUCACACAUUAUGAUGACUCCUUUCCACUGACAAUAAAAAAUGGAACGUUCGGAUGGGGCGAGGAACCAACUCUGAAGAACAUCAAUAUAUCUUUACCAAAGUCUUCUUUGACAGCUAUUGUAGGCAGUGUUGGAUCAGGAAAAAGUACCUUCUUGUCAGCAUUUUUGGGAGAAACACAUAAGUUUUCAGGACAAGUCAACACUGUGGGAAAUAUAGCAUAUGUUCCUCAACAAGCUUGGAUACAAAAUGCUACUUUGAGAGAGAACAUACUGUUUGGAAAACCUUACGAUCGCAUGAAGUAUCAAAGAGUGGUUGGUGCUUGUGCUCUCAAAAGUGAUUUCCAAGCUCUACCCGGUGGAGAUAAUACAGAAAUAGGAGAAAAGGGAGUCAAUCUUUCUGGUGGACAACGGCAAAGAAUAAGUCUAGCGAGAGCUGUGUAUGCAGAUGCCGAUAUUUAUUUCUUGGACGAUCCUUUGAGUGCAGUCGACACUAGAGUUGGAAGACACAUUUUUGAAAGGGUUAUCGGUCCAAAUGGUAUUCUCAAAUCGAAAACUAGAGUCUUCGUAACACACAGUAUCACAUAUUUGCCCCAAACUAAUGAAGUGAUAGUAUUGAAGAACGGUGAGGUGUCAGAACGUGGUACGUACCAGCAGCUUCUGGAUAAAGAAGGCGAUUUCUCAGAUUUCCUAAAGACUCACAAGAAUGAAGAUAGUAAUGAUAAGUCUAAACAGCACUUGCGCACCCAGAAAGCAGAUUCAGCAGUGGAGUCUAUCCAAAUGUCAUCAUCAGUGAUGAGUUACGACAAACUUCUUUUGUCAUCGCAAGAUAAUCUUCUGGAUGACAGUCGACUGACUGAUAUAGAAAAACUAGAAACUGGAAGCGUUGGAUGGGAUGUUUAUAAGUAUUAUUUGGAAACAAUUGGUUGGAAAAUAAUAACUGCAGCCAUUGUUUCCAAUUUCUUUAUGCACCUGCUCAAUAUUGGUGGUAAAGUGUGGUUGAGUGUUUGGUCAACUGAUCCAAAUAUGGUUAAUAAUGGAACUAAUGACUACAACAAGACACUUUUCUACUUGGGAGUUUACAGUACUUUUGGAUUUGGAAAAUCAUUGCUUGGAAUUUUUGCUGUAUUAGCACCACAAAUUGGAGGAGUAUUCGCCGCCAUCAAAUUACAUCAAGGCCUUCUUCACCGAAUUAUACACGCACCUAUGUCAUUCUUUGACACAACUCCAACUGGAAGACUUAUAUCCAGAUUUGCUAAAGACAUUGGGACAGUGGAUUACAAAUUAUCGGUGUAUCUCUAUGAAGGAAUAAACAGCUUUUUCAUUGUCAUAGGAACGUUAAUUGUAACAAGUUACACUGCUCCUGUUUUCAUAGCAGUCAUCAUACCGUUGGGUUUGGUUUAUUAUUUGAUUCAAAAGUUUUACAUAGAGACCUCGAGACAACUCAAACGUUUAGAAGCCAUUUCCAGAUCACCUAUUUAUUCCUUAUUCAAUGAGAGUGUUGCUGGUGCACCUGUGAUACGAGCCUUCAAAGCAGGUCAGGCUUUCACGAAUGACUUCGAGAGAAAAUCGGACUUCAACAAUUCCUGCUAUUACCUCAGCAUGAUAUCGAACAGAUGGAUGUCUCUAAGAUUAGAGAUAUUGGGAAAUCUUAUAGUAUUCUUCUCAGUCAUGUUUUCCGUUACAGUGAAACAUUUAAAUGCUGGACUUCUCGGAUUAUCUAUAACAUACGCUUUAGAGAUCACUGAAACUUUGAAUUAUUUGGUACGAAUAGCUUCAGAGGUCGAGACUAAUAUCGUAUCAGUAGAGAGAAUAAGGGAAUAUGCACAGGCAUCUCAAGAAGCCCCUUGGGAUAACCCAGACGUUCAAAUUACUCCUUCUUGGCCAGAUAAAGGUAUUGUCGAAUUCAAGAGGUUUGGAGUUAGAUAUAGGCCUGGAUUGGAAUUAGUAUUGAGGAAUGUGAAUUUCAAAACCAAUCAAAAUGAGAAAAUUGGAAUUGUAGGGAGAACAGGAGCUGGCAAAUCUAGUUUGACAUUGUCCCUAUUCAGGAUCUUAGAGGCAGCUGAAGGGGAAAUUUUGAUUGAUGGAGUCAACUUGGCUACUUUAGGACUACAAACCUUGAGAUCACGAAUAACUAUCAUUCCACAAGAUGCAGUACUUUUCUCUGGAACUUUGAGAAUGAAUCUAGACCCAUACAAUAAAUAUACAGAUAAUGAAAUAUGGCAAACACUUCAACAUGCUCAUUUGAAGUCGUACAUACAAACAUUUCCCGAAGGACUGGAACAUUUAGUUUCUGAGGGAGGAGAAAAUUUUUCAAUGGGUCAAAAACAACUGAUUUGCCUUGCGAGGGCUUUACUCAGAAAAACGAAAGUGUUAAUUUUAGAUGAAGCAACUGCAGCUGUCGACUUGGAAACAGAUAAUCUCAUACAAAUUACUAUAAGAAAUGAAUUCAGUGAAUGUACUGUUUUAACUAUAGCUCAUAGGUUAAACACUAUAUUAGAUUAUGACAGAGUCAUAGUAUUGAACAAGGGCACGAUAGAAGAAUUUGAUUCUCCUACAAGCUUAUUAAAAAAUAAGGGUUUAUUUUAUGAUAUGUGCAAAGAUGAUGGAAUUACUCAGUGAUCUGAGAUCGUCACCUGUAUUAAAAAGCCAAUUGUGAUAUCGAUUUUAAUUCUAAGUUUUACGAAACUUACCUAUUGAUUAGAGAUACCUACCUAUACUGAUGUUUUUUUUUUUUUUUUAAGCGUGCAAUAUCUUUUUAGGUAAAUAUUUUAUUAAAUAAAUUUUAUUUUUGUUUAUA